UUUAACGAGGAGUACACAUCGUGCUGAUUGUACACAAAAAUAAUUUUUACGGAUAAUGGAUAUAGUAGACGGAGAAACUACAGGAAAUCAAGAAUCGGUCGUCUCGCCUGGAGCCCAAGGCAAAGUUCUAGAACUAAAAGCAAAAAUGGCUAGCAAUGAGCUGAACCAUGCAAACCAUGCUGAGCAAAAUGGACAUGCCACUCUACCAAUGUCCAAGGACGAAGAUCGACAUAAAAGCUCAUCAAAGCAUUCCUCUAGCUCCAAACAUGGGCACAGCUCCUCAUCCUCUAAGCACUCAAGCAGCUCCAGAAAACAUGGCAGUUCUAGCUCAUCCAGCAAGCACAGGGACAGUAGCAGUUCCAGUUCACACAAGCAUAAAGAUAAAGACAAGGAGAGGAGUAGCUCAAGUUCUAAGGAUAAGGAUAGGAGCUCGAGCAGCAAGCAUUCCAGUUCAUCUCAUAAACCUAGCUCGAGCAGCAGUCAUAAAGAGGGCAGUUCCAAGGAGAAGAGUUCCAGCAGCAGCAGUAGCAAAGAAAAAAGUUCGAGCAGCCAUAAGGAGGGCUCCAGCAAGCACAGCUCGUCAAGCAGUCAUAAGCAUAGCUCAUCCUCAAGCAGUCACAAGCAUAAAGAUGGCAGCAGUUCGAAACAUAGUUCCUCCUCUGAAAAACACAAAGAAAGGAACAAGGAGGAUGCUGAAAAAGUGAAAGUAAAAACUGAGCCAUCUUCUCCAAUGAAAUCACCUUCUCCGACAAAAUCACCUUCCCCAAUGAAAUCGCCAGUGUUGGAGAAAUCACCUAGUCGGUCCCCCUCCAAAAGGGAACCAUCACCUGUGAAGCCUGUGAAAGAAGAAGAUAUGAGUGAUGAUGAAAUACCUUUGGCCACCAGAAUUAAGAAAGAGCAGCCAUCAGAGAAAAGGCCCCAUGAUUCGGAUGACGAUGAUGAUGAACCAUUGUCUGCCAGAAUUGAAAAAGAGAAGAAGAAACAAAAGAAAGAUGUGAAGGUUGAAAAACCCAGCAGUGCAAAGAAGAGGAAACCUGUUGAUUCGGAUGAUGAUGUUCCAAAGAAGAAGAAAAAGAAGGUCAUUAAGCCAGAAAAUAUGAAACAGGAGAAGAAAUCCCCAUCCAAGAAAGUCAAGGAGGAAGAAACUAAUGAAGUCUGGAGAUGGUGGGAGGAGGAUCGCAGGGAUGACGGUGUCAAAUGGAACUUCCUGGAACACAAAGGACCACUGUUCGCUCCCGACUACGAACCACUGCCCAAUGAUGUCAAGUUCUACUAUGAUGGUAAGGUAGUGAAACUGUCAGAACCAGCGGAAGAAGUGGCCACCUUCUACGCCAGGAUGUUGGAUCAUGACUACACCACAAAGGAUGUCUUCAACAACAACUUUAUGAAAGACUGGAAAAAGAUGAUGACGACGUCAGAGAGAGAACUAAUCAGAGACCUGAAGAAAUGCAAUUUCAAAGAAAUGGCAGAAUAUUUCAAGCUCAAGUCAGAGGAAAGAAAAAACCGCUCUAAAGAAGAAAAAAAGGCUGAAAAGCUGAACAAUGAUGAAAUUCAAAAAGAGUAUGGGUUCUGUUUAAUGGACGGCCACAAGGAGAAGAUUGGGAAUUUUAAGAUUGAGCCCCCAGGUCUGUUCCGAGGGAGAGGUGACCAUCCAAAGCAGGGCAUGUUAAAGAGGAGGACUCAACCAGAGGAUGUUAUCAUCAACUGCAGCAAAACUGCCAAAGUACCAAGCCCUCCACCUGGUCAUAAGUGGAAAGAAGUUCGUCAUGACAAUAAGGUCUCAUGGCUUGCAUGCUGGAACGAAAAUAUUCAGGGAAGCACCAAGUACGUCAUGUUAAAUGCAGCUUCAAGACUGAAGGGAGAGAAAGACUGGCAGAAGUAUGAGACUGCAAGAAGACUUCAUAAAUGUGUGGACAAGAUUCGGGCCCAGUACAGAGAGGACUGGAAAUCCAAGGAGAUGAGGAUACGGCAGAGAGCUGUUGCCCUGUAUUUCAUUGACAAGCUUGCCCUGAGAGCAGGUAACGAGAAGGAGGAAGGAGAAACAGCCGACACUGUUGGUUGUUGUUCCCUCAGGAAGGAACAUUUGACUCUGCACGAGAAAUACGAGGACCAGGAGUAUGUGGUCGAGUUUGAUUUCCUGGGUAAGGACUCCAUCAGGUACUACAACCGAAUGCCGGUCGAAAAGAGGGUCUUCAAAAACCUGCAGCUGUUCAUGGACAACAAGGCCGGGGAGGAUGAUGUGUUUGACCGACUCAAUACGACUAUUCUGAAUAAACAUCUGCAUGAGCUGAUGGACGGGCUAACGGCCAAAGUGUUCCGUACAUACAACGCGUCUCGGACACUUCAGGAACAGCUCAACCUGCUGACAGAAGCUGAUGAUAAUGUACCCAGCAAACUUCUGUCCUACAAUCGCGCCAACAGAGCGGUCGCUGUCUUGUGUAACCAUCAGCGGGCGGCCCCAAAAAACUUCAGCAAACAGAUGGAGAACCUGCAGAACAAGAUUGAUGAUAAAAAAGCCGCCAUCAAAGAAGCUAAAAAGAAUGUAAAAGAUGCCAAGGCUGAUUAUAAAGCCACAAAAACAGAGAAAGCCAAACAAGCACUGACUAAGAGGAAGACCCAGCUACAGCGCCUUGAGGAGCAGCUCACCAAACUGGAGGUUCAGGCUACUGACAAGGAAGAAAACAAGGAAAUAGCUUUAGGAACCUCCAAACUGAAUUAUCUUGAUCCUAGAAUUUCAGUGGCUUGGUGCAAGAAAUGGGAAGUUCCUAUAGAGAAAAUUUACAACAAAACUCAGCGCGAGAAGUUUAGAUGGGCAAUAGACAUGGCUGAGGCAGAUUUUGAAUUUUAACAAAAAUUAUUUUUUAGAUGAGAAAGUCAAUUGGAUACAAUGGGCAUGAAUGAACAGUGUAUGUGGCAUUUAAAUUAUGCAUGUUCAGAUUGUAGAUAUGACAUUUAAGAUGCAGUAUCAAAUUGUCAACUGAUUUUCAAAGAGAUGUCUCCACAUGUCAUGUGUAUUUAAAUUAUGUGUAAUCUGUCAAAACAAAGCUAUAGAUUUAUUAGUAUUGAUAAAUUAUGGUCUUCAAGACUUGUAUAUUUAUAUACAUGUACAUUAAUGGUUAUUUUUCAUCAGCAUUGUUAGAUUUAUUUAGUGUUUUACUUGAUAAAUUGUGAUUAUUUUACUCUGAAUUGUCCCCUUGAUUUCAAAUUUUAAUCAUGGAUCAGAUGCUGAUAUUGUUACAUCAUGCUUUUAGCAAUUGUGUAAAUUUUAUUGACAGUGUGUGAAAACCAUUCAAUAUCAGGUUAAGGUAUGAAUUGUAUGACACAACUAAGACCUGCAUUAUUCACUCUUGCUAAUGUUGAUCUUCCCAAGUUAUGUACAAGUUUUACUUUCCAAGGUCUUCACGUUUUAGAAAAUCUUUUAGGUAAUUUUAGAUAUUUGUUCUGGAAGUGUCAUUACCAUUUCUUUUUAUAUUAUGUAAAGUUAUCUAGCGGUGACGUGGGUGUAUAAAACAACCACUCUAAUAAAACAGCGUGUCUUCAUUAAGACGGGCAGAAACUUGUCUUUGUGAUCAUCUCUAUCCUUAGACUCAUCAUGAUAUUAUUCCUCUCAUUUUUGCAUGAUUUUUGAGUGUUUGCAUUGCGAUUUAUUAUUAUUUAUGGAUCUAUAUUUUUUUUUUCAUUCUUAAAGUACAUUUGUAAGGAUCACACCUAAUAUUUUUUCUUUUUAACAAAUUUGAGUAUUUAAUCAAUGUUAUAAAUACAACCAUUUUUGUGGAAAUGAAUUGCAAUUUUCUUACUUUUUUAUUUUGAUGUAAACUCCAAAAUUUUAUAUUCGUUAUUAAAAUACAGGAUGUAAUGAAAGUGCCUAACAGAAACAAAAAAAAUGUUUUGAUAUUUAAAUCAGAAAACAUCCAUAUCUGUGAAGUCUACCUCAGUUUUGGCACUUCAAGGUGUUCAUCCACAAGUUCUUGUAGUCACACGUCACAAGUAGUAUUUAGUUUUUAGUUUCUUUUAUUUAGGCAUCACAGGCUUUGCAUGUGUCAACUUAUCAUAGUAGAUCUCAGUCAUUAAAUCAGGCACUAAUUAGCUACAUGUAGGUUGUGUUAAUUGUCAGAAGUCCCUACAUCACCCUACUACACUGUGUCUCAUGUUUACUGGGUUCUGUGUUGGAUCAUCUUGCUGACAUGCUGUGUUAUAUCUGGUGUAAUUCAAUCUUGUUAUGGAGCUUGUUUUUCGUUAUCAAUUGAACACCACUAUUAAAUUUUAAUUCUAUGUUCAGCAAUCCAAUAUUACUGUCCAAAUAAAAUCUUGAUAUGAAAUAAA